UUCUUAUUUUCACAAAUGGAGAAUUUUAAUAUUGAAUCACUUCUUUCAUCAAUAGAAUCAAAAAAAGUUAAUUUAAACUGGGCUAAAGCUAAUUAUGGACUUGUCGAAAAAAUGAGAAGAAAAAUAAAAGAAGAGUCUUCAUUUCCUUCCACUUCAAAAAACGAUGUCAGUCAGAUUAUGGAUGAACAUCGACUAGAUAAAUUAUUUGAAAGCAGAUUUGACGCUACAGCCAUGAAUGAUAUUGACUUAAAACAUUUUCAACUUAAAUCAAUUCUAAAUGAACUUAGACAAAAUUUUGGUGUUAAUAUUACUAAAGAAAUUAUAGAUCAACUCAUCAAACGAUUUUUACAUGAAAAUUCCGAACAAUUUCAAUCUCAUCGAAAAGAAGUUUUUAAUUUUUUGAUGGAAAUUUUGGAAACUCGUCCGCCAAUAAAUGCAUAUUAUAGAUGGGAAUGGAUAUGUAUUAUACUUUCUGACUUUAGAGAGGCUUAUUCCGACAUUGAUUUGCUUAAAGUUUUGGAAAAAUUUUCUAAAGAAAUUCUCAAAUACUUCAAAAAUGACAAACUUCCAUUAGAAUUUAAACAAUUUUUGCUUGCCUUAUUGGAAUAUGAUUAUGCAGUUUUGUGUGCAAAUAAUUUAACAACUGUAAAAGAUCAAUCACAUUUAUUUCAAGAUGUUUCAACCAAAACUUUAAAAAUCACAAAUAACAAAAAAUCUUUGUCUACUUUCAAUCAAUUACCUACAACACCAAGGAACAACAAUGGAAUUGAAAAAAUGGAAGAUUUGGAUAAUUAUCCUUUGGCAUAUUUAAUUUUAUGUUUGGUUAACUGUGAAGCUGGUAAUUUUCGUGAAUUUAUUUCAACAAGAUUGGAAACUGUUAUUGUGCAGGAUUUAUUGAUGCAUUUUCAUCCUAAAGAGUAUCCACUUGAUUAUUGUCGUAUUUAUGCACGUUUGGUGGGUCUUUUACUGGAUAUAUUACUUUUCGUUGAAAGACAAGGAGAUAUGAAUAUUUUUGAUGUUGAAAAUGAUGUUUCUAGAAAAUUAAAAAAAUUGGUUAUAAAAAUUAGAAAUGAGCAUGAUUUUGAAGAAAUUAAAGGAAAAAAUAAAAAUGUAUUGGAAAAAGAUGUUGAUUUUGAAUGGAGAAUGUUUUUACAAAUGGCUGGAGUUCCUUGGAUUGGGUAAUAAUUAAUUUUAUUUUUUUAUAUAAUUUCGGAAAAAAUAGUUUUAUAACUAAAAGAUUUCAAUUUUUGGAAAUUUUCGAUUUUAAUUUUUAGUUAAAUAAAGGGAAAGAAAUUUAAAAUAUUAGUUUUUAAUUUGUGUAACUCUGGGGGUUGUCGGUUAGAGAUUUUUUGAGGAGUUGGUUUUAGAUAACCAAGGAAUUUAUUAAUUAGA